UUCCUGCUGAGACUCGAGACUCGAGUUUGGAGUUUAACCGACAACGCUUUCAGUUCGUGGCUAGACUUUGGAGCGUGCUGUGCUUGGAAAACUCAGACGCGUGUGUUUGUGAAGCCUAAUCUUUGUAAAUUACCUGUAAUAUUGGAAAAUGUAAAAUAAAAUCUAUUCCUACGCUCUAACUAUAAUAAACAGAAAAUCAAAAAAGAAACUUAAUCAACGCUUAAUCCUAAACCCUAAAACUGAAACCAAAACCUAUCCGGAGGAAAGUGAAACUUCUACUGCUCUCUAGUCGCUAUAUUGCCCCACAAAAUGCUGCCAAACCACGCCUGAGCCUGAGCCUCAAUCUGAACCUGAGCCGGAAAACCACAAACAAAAGAAACAAAAAGGCCAGAACACAUCUGUGAUCAUAGACAUAGCAACGAGCCAAGCCGCGGAGGACACAGGACACAGCCGACAGGACAUCCGAGGACAGAGGACACAGAAACCAAAAGCUAUAUAGCCACACAGCCAAAAAUGAGCGGAAGGGAGAGCGGCAGGGAGACAGCAGCCAGCAGCAGCAUCCUGCCAGACCGCAACUGAGCGAUUUAUAAAGCCGCAGACACUCCUCCCUGGGCCGGAUAAUCAAAAUCAAUUGCCUGGGCAGGAAAUCAAGGCAGAAAAAGCAGAAUCAAAGCACAGCUAAACUACGGAGCAGCACACACACCAAAGGAGGCUGUAAUGACGACAAUUGACGCGAUGUAGCGCAGACUUAUGGUCGGCGAACGCGACAGGGACCGUGAGGCGGUACGCUGGGCAACGGGUGAAUCAACACCGCUUCAAACCAAUAAUGGAGUAUUACAAAUGGUCGGGCAAUUGCAUGGUGGACAGGCUGUUGGCCAACAACAGCAGCAGCAACAGCAACAAUCGACUCAGCAACAACAGCAACUUUCAAAGCAGCAACAGCAACAGCAACAGCAGCAGCAACACAAGCAGCAACAGCAACAGGAUCUCCUCUAUCAGCAACAUCACGAGGCAAUUGCAAUUGCAAGGGGACUGCAGGCUGCAACACCUGCCGACCUCGGCGAUAAUCAGCCCUACUACGAUACAAGCGGUAAUGUCGAUUGGGAGAGAGCGAUGGGAGCCGGUGGAGCUGGUGCAUAUGGUGGCCUCGGGAUCGGAUCUGUCGCAGCAGGUGGCGGCGCUGGUUAUCACCUUGGACCUGCUGGUGCCGCUCGCCACCUGGAUUAUCCUGAUGGCGGCCACCUUGCUGGCCCAUCCGCCGAGGGAGUCAUGGGAGCAGGUGCUCAAGGCAUUCCUGUUGGAUCUGCUGGCGGCUCAGGCGGAUCCGGAUCAGGCGGCGGUGGAGGAGGAGGAACAGGAGGACCUCCACAGCCGGGCAAAGAAGUUCGCUACGCUCCAUUCCCAGUCGCAUCACCAACGCACUCGAAUCCGAAUCCCACAACUUCCCAGCAGACUCAGCCCAGCGGUGGAGGCGGCGGUGGUAGCAGCAGCGGCGGUGGCGGUGGGGGAGGGGGCGUCGGUGGUGCUAGCACCCAGUCGAUUAUCGGCGGCAUCACACAGCAGAGCAACACCACCGGCGCCCUGCAGCGGACACAUUCCAGAUCCAUGUCCUCCAUACCGCCGCCCGAGCCGUUCAUGAUAGCCCAGUCGAAGCAGCUGAACAGCCGCGUCAGCAUCAACGUGGGCGGCGUGAGGCACGAGGUCCUGUGGCGGACCUUGGAGCGGCUGCCCCACACGCGGCUCGGGCGGCUGAGGGAGUGCACCACCCACGAGGCCAUCGUGGAGCUGUGCGACGACUACUCGCUGGCGGACAACGAGUACUUCUUCGACCGCCACCCGAAAAGCUUCAGCUCGAUCCUGAACUUCUACCGCACCGGCAAGCUGCACAUCGUGGACGAGAUGUGCGUGCUGGCGUUUAGUGAUGAUCUGGAGUACUGGGGCGUCGACGAACUGUACCUGGAGUCCUGUUGCCAGCACAAGUACCACCAGCGCAAAGAGAAUGUCCACGAGGAGAUGCGCAAGGAGGCCGAGUCCUUGCGGCAGCGGGACGAGGAGGAGUUCGGCGAAGGUAAAUGCGCCGAGUACCAGAAGUAUCUGUGGGAGCUCCUCGAGAAGCCCAACACGAGCUUCGCCGCCCGGGUAAGUCCAGUCGGUUGCACUGACGCUAAGGUACAAGAUAGAGUCCUUGAGUCCUCAACCCGGAAGUCCUUAUUCCUAAAGCACAGAGAAAAAAUAGCAAUAUAAAUUAAGCUUCUGAUAAAAUCAAUUCUUUGUGAGCUAAAUUAUUUAAAACACUUUCUCAAGAACUAAAAAUUAUUUGUCCUUCUAACUUUUUUCUCUGUGCUCUCCCGAAAAACCCCCCAGAAAUCCGAAUCCCCAAAAAGAUUAUUAUAGAUGUGUUCGUAUUGUGUUUCUAACCGUUAAACUGUGAACCGUGUCAAUGUCAAGCGUAAGAAAACAAUAUUAAGUUUUAUAAGAAACCCUGACAAUUCCAAAACAUCCAUCCUCCUACCCAAUUUCAAUUCUAUAACUAUAAUUUCUGUUUACCUCUUGAGUUACUCUUUUGUAGUCGAACUUUGGUUCUGUGCAAAGUCACUAUUAUUUGUACACUAUCGCCAAGUUUCUCACUGUGUAAAAUAUGAACAUAUGGCCGUCGAGCAGAUCAGAGUAUAGUAUAAGCGGCAAUCUAUUCUACCAAUCUAUAUAUCUUUCUAUCUUACUAAUGUUUAAAAUCCCACUCAAAGCUGUACAAAUCCGCCAAAAACCAUCACUUGCUUUUGCGACUCAACUCUAUGCUUGCACUCUGAUCUUUACCCGUUACUCGUUGCUCGCUACUCGUUACUGGUUACUCGCUACUACUCGUUACGAAUGUCCGCCAGUUAACUGUUCAACAUACCUGCAUAUACAAUAAUAUAUGAUGUGAUAUAUCCACUAUAUAAUCCGCUGCUUAGCGCGCCGAGGCAGGUCUGUCUCAGUGUCUGUAAAUAUCGCCGAGCUCAUGUGAAUAAGCCAUUUCAAAUAACGCUUCACGCUUGUGUGCCAUGUAUCGUACCGAUCGGAACUGGACGCACAGGACAGUCUUCUUCAUUCUUCUUUCCCCGACCGGAACCGGAAGUCCCUGAACGGACGUCUGAGCAAGUCCGCAGAGUAACAAACACGACAAACCGAAGUAAAGAGUUUUUCGGCACCUUUUCGUUUGAGUUUCGUUAUGUUCACCCCAUAAUUUCGCUAUCGCCUAACCACUUCCAAUUCAACCACCCACGAACCCCCUACUUUUCUGAUCCUAGGCUAAGAUGCAUUUUAUGUUUUAGUUUCGAUUCGUUUCUUAGUGUAUUUUAAACGAAAAAUAAGUGAAAUCACGCGACGACACCCAGAGAGUUCCCAGAUACAUACAUAUGUAGUUGCCACGAAAGAUCAAGUUAGAACUGAUCGGGCAACCGAAAAACCUGCAAAAUUGUUUACUAAUCGUUUCUCUAAUCCAGUCUUUUUACAUCACACACAGUAUUUGCGAAAUUGACAAGCCCUGUUUGAUACAAACAUACUACAAUAUUUAUAAACUUACUAUAUCUACUCUUACAAUUACAAUUAAUAUAAUUAAUAAUGUAUAUCUCUUAAUUGUUGAUGAUGAUGGUGAAGUAAUCUCUCUGUUUAUCUCUAAUGUUCUCCCCGAAACCCCAAAACCCAAAAAACCCCACUGUAACCAUGUUUGGGAAUGGGCAAUAAGCGAUAUGACCAGGCGGCAGGUGUGCUGUAGAAAUCCUCGAAAAUAUUGUUACGAAAAAGGACUCUGGGGAGAAGCGGCCAAAGUCGUGUUGUAAUACAUUUCCAUUUUCCGAGUGCUAGGUACUAGGUCUACAUAGGGAAAUCUACAUAGGAAUCCAUCUAACCAGACCGGAAGCCUUCAGGCGAAACGCCGAUUCCGACAUGGUCUAAAGCUUCAGCUUUCUCAUCUAUAAAUAAACCCAUCGAUCACACUCACACCCACACACCCGCGAAGUCAGUCUGACUUAGCUUGUAUUAUACAGCCGAUAUCGGAACCGAUUUCCAGCAUUAGCUUUGGCUUCACCAUACAAACCACUGUAUGGUGGGAGAAUGGAAAUAAUUACAACAUAUUUGGGUGCAUCUCCUAUAAUUUUUCAUUCGAUUUUAAGUUUGAUUUUCAGUUGAUUUAUGUACUUUUUAUUUUCCAACUCGCUUAGGGUUGUAACUUUUUGUUUUCUUUUUGGUUUUCUUACAUUUAAAAAGAAGUUAGUGGAAGCAUUUCUCGAUACAGAAAUCACUCCCUAUCCAACUAUUAGUUUAUUUACAAGACUUACACUUUUGAUUUACUUUUGAGUUCCAUUUUAAAGGUAAUGAAAAAUUUCCAGAGCUCUUUGCCAGUUGUACUUUUUAUCGUAUUUUCAUUUUUGUUUUUUUCCAACUAUAACUAACUCAAUCGACUUCAGAUAGUCAGAUAUUAGAGAAAGAAGGAUCUAACCCAGAUUUUUGAGUUCUGUACUUUUUAUGUUCUUUUUAAUACCACGCCUAAACACAUCCUUUUUUCAACGAAAUGAUAAAUAUGAGAACCAAUCUAGUCUAAAUAUAGUCAAGAAACCUCCGAUCCGACUCUCAGAAAACUCAGUUGAAACCUUCGCCUCGUUGAAAGCAAGAAACCAAGCGCGCUCACAAGACAAACAAACAAGAACUACUCUACUCUACUCAACUACCCGAAUACCAAAAUACUCUACCAAAAGUUUACAUAUUUUGUUUGUUAUACACCACAAAAACAAAAACAACAAUAACAGAAAUGGAAUUUGAAAAAUCCAAAAUGUUGUUCAGUUGUCUUUGCUCUUAAGUUUCCCUUCUUUAUUUUUUUUUGUCGUUCGAUUGGCAAUGACAUAUGUAUAUAAUUCUAUAUGUCGUAUAUAAACCUCCUUAUACUUUUCGAUAUUUGAUGUCAUGAUGUUGUAAACUUGUGUGUAUUGCAUAUGGAAGACUCUUAUUUAACUCAAUCUCUCUUAUUGUUCUUAUUGUACUUUAACCUCCUUUGACUCUUUGACUCUUAAUUGUCGUAAACUAUUGGUGAAUUGAUUAUCUCUUACACCGACACACACCAACACACCACACACAAAAUACAAUACACUUGAAGAAAAACGUCAACGCUAGUCUUUUCUAGUCCCUCUCUGCAAAUCAGCAUACAAAUCAGAUUAAUCUACUCCAUCCUAACCCAACUAACGUGAUCAGAACCAGAGAAAUGCGAACAAGACUCAUCAUAUCCUUUUGAUUUUCGAUUUUCAACCGUAUAGCUUUAGUUUCAUGAGUUUGGUAUUCAAGACCCGUACCCAAAAAGUAUAUAUAUACUAUACAUCCAAGUAUCGAUCGAACAAAUCUCCAACUUGAAAUAUUAACCCACCAAAUUUGCUGCAUUUGAAUGCCACUAGCAUAGAAUUUCGUAGCCGAUUCGUACUGAAUUCUAUAGCCGUUUGUAUCGAAUUUUGUUUGUUUUUUAGUGAGUCGAACAAAGUAUGCGAACCAACUCAUGCACCCAACAAACCACCCACUCAACUCCACUCCACUGACCCACCGCCCCACCGACCCCCUCCGACCCAUGACCAAGCCACUGAAACCGAAAACCAAAACCACAAAACGAACAAACCGUAAAAUAAAACACUCCACCAGAAGCAAAUGCAAACCUGAUCAAAUAUUUUAGCAGGAACCUAGUGUUCUCCAGUGCAAAUUGACCCCAAAAACCAACACCAACACACAUACACAAACACACUAUUACACCGUUACACCCUACACUGAGCAAAAUCAAUUUCCAGUCUUGCACUUUUUGUCUUGUAACUUUUCCGUUUCGUAUCCAUCCCGUAUUUUGAUCUAGAUUUAGUUAAAAUAUGUACAGUGAUUGCGACCUGAGUGGCAUUUGUAAAUUUUGUACCUAUAUUUAUUAUCGUAUAUAUCUUUAACUCUAUAAGGACAUUUUUUAUCCCCGAUUUUCUUGUCGCAUGGAUUGUUUUUUGACUUGUCUUUUGUGACCUUGUCUUUUUGUUUUGCCCCCCCCCACCACCUCCGACCUCCCGUCACAGAACCCCCGUCCUCACCUCUGCCCUUUCUUUUCUCUCUCUAUAUAUAUCCAUAAUGCUUAUCCUUGCCCUCGGAUCUUGUCCUGUUAUCCAUCGACUUUUCAUAACUUGUAAUUCAAGUGGAUUUCAGCCAGGUUCAGGGAAGUUAAUUUAAAUUUGUUCUCCUAAUCGAUGCACUUGCAAAAAGAGACAGGUUUUGUCCGUUUUUUAUAAAUUAAAUAUUAAUAUUUUUUUGUGAAAUCAAGAAAACCGAUAACAUUGCAAGGGUAUCUAGAAUUUCGGGCCACCGAUGUUAAGCUUAUAGUUAUUAUUUUGUGGCUCUGUUGUCGGCAGCUUUAUGGUUAGAGAUUUUGAUUUUUGUAGGCUCAGUCACCGGAAACAGCUUUUUUGGCCAAUUGUUGCUGCGACGCUUUGAACUUUGUAGCUGUUGUGAGUUUUGUGCAUUUUUCAGUUAACUUUUAAGUUCCGUUUUCCGUUCUACCGAACCAGAGACAGUCAGUAUGAAGUAUGUUAGUAAAGUAAGCCAGCUGGAGUAUUGCGAAAUCAUGUUUUACUUUCAACCCAGCGAACCACCCGAUCCCAGUCUCCCCAAAAAAAGCCCCCAAUAUAACCCCACCAGAAAACCACCUUCAUGACUGAGCAGCAAUGGUAGCUAGCAGUUCCAAAAUCCAAAAGCAAGUAUGCCAAAGUGAAUAACUCGCACACACAAUCCUUUUUUGUUUACGAAACAUCCCUCCAAUGCAUUCUGUUCAAAACAAAAGCAAAAAAAAAAAUGCGAGAAAUCGAAAGUAAGAAUUAGUUUUUAAAGUAAAGUUUCAUCUUCAUCUCAAGUAGAUUGUUGUUACCCCGCUCUAUCCACCCCACUCUAGCCCCCCCGAAUCCAAAAUCCCCCCAAACAACCGAAUACCAAAAUUUCUAUGGAAAUUUAAUUAACUUUCCCGAAGUUUGACAGUCCAAGACCACGAAAGAAAAAGACCACUUCAAUUGCAAUCUGUAAACUAUAGUUAGUGCAAGAACAUUUACCCUCUCUUUCACUCUCUCUAUUUCUGUCUCUCUUACUCAGACUCCUCCUAAGCCCGCGUGCCCCCUCGCACUUGUAUCUUUCUAUCUUCGUAUCUGUACUUUAAAUUUAUGACUUAUUCUCUCGUAUCUCAUCGUAUUACAAUCUAGCUAAGAAAAGCACCAUCCAGAUAAUUUUCCUUAGUAUCCUUAGUUUUUUUUUAUAUUUCGGUUACGUUUUGUGAUUUUGUGUAUCUUUUAGUGCGUUUCGUUUAUCCUUACGUAAUGACUCCUACUUGACUAUGUAUCUUUUGUCUAAUAAAUAAACUGCAUAUCUGUAUCUUUAACUUUUGUAUCUAUAUACGUAGAAUGCCAUAAGCCAGCUCAUCUACCUUCGAAGCCCCAAUAAGAAAUUCAGCCGCCCCUGUUAACUGAAAGUCCUGAUACACCUCUCUCCCAAAUCCUCCUACAGAUCCAGAUCCAGAUCCAUGUCCAUAUCCAGUUCCACAUCCGUAUCCGAAACCAGAACUGCGUGGUUGCGUACAGUGGCCUACUAUGGUAGAUCUGGACAUACACACCAUAUAUAAUAUAUAUAUAUAUAUAUAACUAUACAUGCCAUGUAUAUUCGAUUGGGGGCGUGGCAUGUCGAAGAUAACCCGGUCUGUCUCUCGCAUCCCCCCUGUAUCAGCUCAGCCAAGUCGAAUGUCAGUCACACAGACACCUUAACAUUUCAGCCACCACACUCUACACCAAACACCAAACACCCAACACCCAACACCCAACACCCAACACCCAACACCCAACACCCAACACCCUACACCCUACACCCACAAAGGCCACACACACCCUACCCUCAGAUACAGCUACAGAUACGGACUCAGAUUCCGAUUCAGAUACAGAUACAGAACAAUUUGUGACCUAAUGUGGCAAUCAGACGACUGCGGCUAACCCUCUCAUUUUGAAGGGGACUCUUUCACCCCACUUUCCUCCCGACUGGCAUUGAAAUUGCAAUUGAAAUUUGCAUAUUUGACAGGACCCCAAAAAUUUCAUCCUCGUUCUGCAAUUGGCAGUUUUUGGUAAAUUACCUCAAUUAUUUAGAGUCAAGCAAUUAAAACUGUUUUGUGUGUUUGUCUAUUCAAAACAAAGGAAUCAAUUUAUCAGGCCAGAGGAUGAUAUUGCGGAUCUGUGUGCAAAUAGCGUGACAGAUGCAAUUAUUUGAUGGCCUGAUUCCGUGAUUUCUUAUUCAUUAUCGUUUCGUUUUUGUAAUUCCCGUAAUUGUAAUUCCUAGCUCGUUUGGUACGAAAGUUUAUGCAUUUGGAUUUGACUUAGAACUUGAAUUUUACUUGAAACUUUCUUUCUUCAUUUGCUAGAUAAUGCCCUUCAUCAGUAACAUUAUAUAUAUCUAUGUAAACCGAUUUGAUUUGAUUGAACCACCUCAGUUACUUAGUUACUCCUCCUCAUUUUCCAAGAGAAAACAACCCAAUGAAAAUAUAUCUUUAAACAAAGUACACUAACAGCGGAUGAGCGAAAAACAACCAACAGAAUAUCAGGAUAUCGGUAUCAAAAUCGGUAGUUUUAUAGAAAAAUGAUGAAUAAUGAAAGUCGACUGCAGUCCCCAUGGGUAGCGUCUCUUAUUUUGACGAAGGAGUGCCCCCCCUGGUUCACCCUCAUACCAUAAUAUAGAUCCAAUUAGACACACACACGUAUAGAUAUAUGUAUGUAGGUGUGUUAUGUCCUUGUGUUGCGUCAUGUGAUCAGUCCCCCCACAAGAAAACUCAUACACUUAUCCACUAAACCACUGAACCACUAAACCUCACACCACGAACCACGAACCACUAACCACAAAACUAUAACCACUCAGCCACUCCACCACCGACCCACACUCACAAACACCGCCCAGAGAAAGAGUUGAUCUAGACUAGAGACCCACUGAGCUUCGAGACCAAGGAUUAAAAUCAAAUAUAUAUUCUAAAGGAAACCCAACCCAUGUUUUCGUUUGUGUGUUUUAGUUUGUUGCCAACCUUUGAUUUCACUCUUUUUCGUUUGUUUCGAUGCUGAUGAUGAUGAUGAUGAAGAAGGAUUCACGACAAAUAAUAUAUAUACUUCACAUAUAGUACAGCAGCCUUUGAAAAGUACAAGAAACCGAUCAGGGAAGCCAACCCAACCGACCCCCUCGAAAGCCCCGAAAGAAACGAAUUGUAGGAUUCGAAAUUCGAAUGCCAACUAACCAGACCCGAACAAUGACCAAAAAGCUAACUGAAUGUCUGCCUUAGCCAUGAAAAAUAAUCAAAAACAGAAUCAAAGUGAACUCUAAUAAGGAUAACUCGCCGAUCUUUGCUAAUUGUUGUAACCGUGUAAUUCGUGUUUUUUUUUGUUCGUUUGUUAUUUGGAAUUAAUGUAAUAGCUAUGUAUAAAGGACAGAGUUAAUCGUAAUAUUUAUUGAACGUAUCGUGUUAUGUACCUACCAACUAUCCAAUUAUCAAAUAUGAAAUAUCAAAUACCAACUAUCAAUUAUCAAAUAUCAAGUAUCAAAAUAUCAAAGUAUCUAUUAUCGUUGUGAUAUGAUUGAAAGUUUUGAAUUGAAAUUUGAAUCGUUGCUUGAAUCAUGGUCUCGACAAAGUCUCGAUUGUUCUUUACCGUUCGCAGGUUAUCGCAGUGAUAUCCAUACUAUUCAUAGUCCUGUCUACCAUAGCCCUGACGUUGAACACCCUACCACAACUACAACACAU